AUGGCGGGUGCCGACAAAAGCGCCGCAUUCAUCGACGCGCCCGUCAUGGCGCUCGCGCUCGCGCUCGCGGUGACACCACGACGGACUCGCACCGAGUGCGCGCGUCGCAUCGAGACGCCGGGCGCGAAACGGGCGUCCGUGGACGAGUACGCGGCGAUGAUCGCGCGGAGAAUCGUCGACAGGAAUGAGAGAGACGCCAUGCCGGGGGCGGUGUACGACGGUGCCCUGGACGUGCUCACGCGAUUUCGCGACGUGCGGGGGGCGGUGAUCGAUUUCACCGAUCGUGGGUUCACGCGUGGGCACGCGGUGUUCGACGCGGCGACGAUCGUGGGAGGGAGAGCGCACCUGUUGGAGAGACACUUGGAACGUUUCGGGCGUAACGCGGAGAGAGCGGGAUUGGCGAGCGAUGGGUUAGGUGUGGAUCGCGUGCGGGAGGUGGUGAUGGAGACGAUCGAAGCGGCGGCGAUCAUUGGGUGUGGACAGGUGCGCGUGUACGCCACGAGCGGGAGCGAUGGGAUGAAUUUUAGUUUGAUGGAGACACGCGGAGUGCAGGCAAAAUCAACGCUCUUUGUCGUCGCGUACGCGAAAGAUCCAAUAAAGUGCGCCGCGAGCGAAGACUGUGUGGGAAUGCGGGCGGUAUCGAGUCCGGUGACGAUCAAGCCGCCGCAGUACGCGACACUUAAAUCGACAAAUUAUUUGAAUAACGUCAACGCAGCGCAACAUGCGAGGACUGUCGGUGCCGACGUCGGGAUUUUUCUCACACGCGAGGGGAUGAUUGGUGAGGCUCCCGGCGCAAAUGUAGCGUUUCUGACUCCUGAUGGUACCCUGCGCACGCCUCCGGCGACGGAAAUUCUAGGAGGAAUCACGAUUGGACGCGUGAAGGAAUUCAUCGAGAAUCCCUCCAACGCCACGGAGCUGCGCGCGGUGGGCGUCAAGCGUUUCGACGACACGAUGCCGCUUUCGCCUUUCGUCGUGCUCGGCGCUUCGGAGGUAAUGCUCAUCGGUAGUGCGGUGAACAUCCAGGGCAUCGUAGAGUGGGAUUCAAAAGUGAUUGGCGACGGAUCCGUUGGGCCAGCGACGAGGCUCUUGGCAAAGUUUCUUGUUGAUGACAUGGCGGCGGGAUCAGGAUAG